AUGUGUAUCACCACCAUCACCUACCUCUGCCACCACCGCAGCGAAGAAAAUAUUCCCUGCCAAGCAUACCAGCAAAGAGUCCGCGAAGCACAAAAAUCGCACCGCAACCCAUCGUUCUGGAAGUCACUCCUCUGUGGCGCCCCAUCAUCCUCUACUCGCUCAGUCCGCUGCACGCAGAAACCAGGUAAGCGAUCCGUUUACAGCAAGUGUCCCAAGUGCGUUGAUCGCGAGCAACAGGAACGAGCACGAGUUGACCGGGAGACGGAGAUACGAGCCAUGUUUGCACGGGAUGCGCACAACGAGAGAGAGAAGCAGAGACUACAAGAGCGCAGGCGCUCGGAUAGGAAAGCUGCUUUUAGGUGUAGUAAGUGUACGGCUGAGAGAAGGUGGCCAGAUCAGAUGAGUCGAGCUGCCAACGAAGGACUCUGCUGUGCUCGAGGCAUUGACGAGUUUGCGGAGUUGGAGAAGGCCAAUGGGUAUCGUGCUCAGGCGCCUUCUAAGAAGACUGUUGCUGACAAGCCAAGAAAGGCACCAGUGCCGACUCGAGAGCAACGAUUUCCAGAGCUGAGUUACAUGACCAGCAUGGAAAAGGUUCGAGAGGAUGCCAAGGUAGCUGCAAACACAUAUGGCUGGGACAGAAGGCGACAAGGAUCUGCGGACCUUGAGCCCAAGCUCGUCUCUUCCUAUGUGAACGCUUCCGGUGCAAAUCCCAACAUCUUGGCCUCCGCCCCUCCUCCGGCCCAAAAGCAACCACACUUCGAGGAGCUAGGGAUCGACUACACAGUCUGGCGUAAAAUGCAAGAUGUGAAGCUCGGAGCGCACGGUAGAAUCCCACCAGCGCCGGAUAAGCCACUACCAGUGCGUCCGCUAGCAACCAAAUAUCCUGGCCAAAUCCCAAGAAAGCCACUUGCCUCUCGAUCAGACUCUAGUCGACUUAUGGUGAACACUAACGUCUCGCUACCUUCUUCAAGAGGCUCGAGAGGUCCAAGAGCUCCACCAUCUCCAGUCUCGCCAGUAAGCCCCAGAAGCAAACCAAAGCCCAAACUUCAAAGAAGCAGUGCAUCAAUCAUGAACGGCGAACUCUACGACAUGCUUGACGACUCCCUGGCGGAGUGGAAGCAAGAGCCGAUGCCGGAACCACGCUACAGAUACUGA